CCUGAAACCGUAAUAUAUAUUGAUGGAUCUAUGUACUUAUAGCCAAGAGUCUCCAGGCUGAGCCCCUUGAGGUCGAGCCUGCACGAUUGGUGUAGCUAUUUUUUUGUGGUUGGGGGCCGAAUCUCCUACGAGGUCUUCGCGCCUAGGGGGCGCGCGUGGUAUGUACUUGACGAUCUGUUGAUGUUGGCGGCAGACCGCGGGCCCAAGGACGUUUUAGAGCCCUCCCGCACUAAACAACUCCCGUGCACGCCGGUCUCGCGGUAUGGCUGCCCUACCCGGCCGCCCGGACGAUGCCACUGGUGUUCAGGGAUACCCCGCUGGGCCAGAACCAGCCUGCCGGGUCGGAACGCUAUACACUGCCGACCAGGUUGCUCUUCCACAGUAUGUUCGGCGACGGCAGCGAGGACGACAACGCGGAUCGCAUCGCAGGCCGCAGCCGCUAAUGCGUCGUCCCAUCUUCCUGGUACCAGCACGCUAAGUGACGGUAGCGUGCGGCGCUGCCUCAACCCCCUCAGGUCGCCUCGUGACCAUCACCGGGAGGAAACUGCCUCCUCACAGGGAGAAAGCUGAACGAACGCCCUCCUCUGACCCCCAUGUUUGGUGAAGUUGCUGUGGGUAAGAGUUCGAAGGCACGAUGCAAUGUGGCACCACCACCGAGUACACCCAGCACUUCAGGUACCAGUGACCGUGCCUCUCGUAGUAGCUCCGGAGGCAACCCAGUCUGUCCAAGGGAAACUCCAAAGUGGCAGAAACCCAUCACCAGAUUCUUUGCCUCCAAGGACUCUGAUCAUGGCUCUACAGACGAAGAAGAUAUAGUGAGAAAAAAACCAAAAAACAACACCAUAGAAUCGGACGAUGAAGAGAAUGAAACACCAACAAACCAAGUCUUGGACGAAACAUUAGAAUUAGAACCAUUGACGGGUGAGAACAAUCACAAAAUUGAUGAAUAUUACACAAACAACAAUGAUGUGAAUGGGGAUGGACACGAAAAAAAAACGUUGGAAGAAUCCACCAAGUCUCUCAAAGGUAAAGGCAAAGGCAAAAAGACGAAAGGCAAAGAAAACCUAGAUUAUAAUUCAGAUAGGAAAAGGUAUAGAGACGAAAAAGACGCCAAUGAAGAAAACGCAGCCAAAAAGAUUAAAGUUGAUUAAGAAACAAAAUGAAAGAUGAUGGAGAUAUGUUACACAUCAGUCUUUAGUCUUGAAUUAGGUUAGGAAAUAAUCAUCAAAUAGAAUGCUGUUUUGUUUAUAACACAGGUGUUGUAUGUUAUUGAAUUCCAAGCAAACACAUAGCUUUCAAUUGUAUAAGAUUGUGCUUUGUGACUAAAUACUUGUUAACACAUUGAACGCCAAAUUAGAAAACAUGUUUAACCCAGUGGGAUGCGGCAGACACCCUGUAGCUGCCAAUAAUUUAGGUUUAGGGGGCUGUGAUGUUUUUUGAGUUAUUUCUUAGCAAUAUUUGAUUAAAAAAACUAUUUUUGAACGAUUCUUGAUAUAUAAUCUGCCCUUAUAGAAAGUAUCCCAUGGAUAAAGUAUUGAUCAUGGUGUUCAAUAUGUUAAGAUAGAUCUGAUGAGAAGGACCUCUACUCAUUCGUUGCCAAGGAAGGAGUGUGGUGCUUUCCACCAACGCUUUUUUUUGUAUGGAAGACUAGCUGAUGACUUUGAGUCUCUUACCAGCUUCAUCGGGAAAAGUAAGUGAACUCAGAGACUCAAUCAGUAAAGAGGGAUGUCGUUGUAAGCCCAUAAGUCAUCAGAAAUAUCCAAAAAAAUUAUGAAAACCGUAGUAUUGUUGAGACCAGUUGUGUUUUCAUACUUUUUGUUACAUAGUAUUUAAGUAUAAUAAUAUAGUUUAAGAAACAAAUGUGGACCAAAAAUAAAUGUUAAAUAAC